GUGCUUUCCGGCGGCCAGAGAAGCGGAGAGGCCUUUUCCCGGUGCUCCUCUCCCAGUCUGGGAUGCUGUCGGUCGGUCCCCGGGUUGUAUCUUUAAUAAGAUAAGAAAGCUGAGGCCGGAGUACCCCAAGGCCGCACAGCUGGUGAAGAGUCGAGGAGGGACUCGGGCCCGGGGCCUCUGCUCUUCUCCCCUGCUCAUCCCCUCUCUGCGCCCGAUCCAGGCUGUCGGGUCGGCCCCGCCGCUCGGCCUCAGUGGUCCCACCCCUACACAGCCUCCCUCCCGGGCAUUCUGGAUCUCCCCUCCCCCGGCUCCCGGUUUCCUUGUCAAAACUUCCUGCCUUGGCUAGGGCCCGAGUUCCCACCCCCUUCCUGCCCCCCGCCCCUCCGCGCCCCUCCCCGCCCAGCGAUCCACAACUUUCGGCCACUCCGCCGCUCUCGCAGUCGGCCUGGGACUCCACGCAGGGAUCCCCGCCCUGUCCUCCUCCAGGCCCACCCCGGCAGUCCCCACCCCAGGCGGACGGCGAGAUAGGGUCCCGAGGCAGGUGACUCAGUGCCCUGCACUCCCAUACACUCAGCCCAGAGGAACUUGGAGGCCAGCCCUGAGGAAUUCCUGCCCGAGGUUGGGAGAGCAGGUCUGGAGACGCCUUUUACUGUGUAAUGCUGGGAAGUUCUUUCUGAACUCCACCUUCCGUUGACUUACCAGUGUUGUGUCUUGAGGGCCCUAGAAGGAAGGUCCUGCUGUCUGGUGAGCCGGGGACAAGCCACAGCCUCCAAACAUCCCUCCCUGUCCCGUUUCCCACAGAGUAAGGUUGGGCUUACUCAAGUCGGAAAGGAUUUAGAGUUUAUCAGUCCAUCCACCCCACACCAUGUUUAAUUACUGCCCCCUGGGUGCCAGGAACCCUCGAUGUGUGUGUGUAGGUGCUGGCCAGUGCUGGGGACACAGUGGUCAGGCAGGCAUAGAAGUGCCCUGACCCCACGGUGCUCCAUUCCAGUGGGGAAGACAGACCUUAAUAAAAAUAUAACGACCACGGGAUGGGAACCUUGAGGGAACACCUGGGGGGUAAGCAGCCCUCUAAUAGCGCCUGGGACAAGAAUGGAAUUGGAGGCUGUCCCAGCCUGGUAGGGAAACCAGACUCACAAGCUGGCAGUCACAAGAUGGGGUACAUUACCUCAUCCGUCCAUCAGACUUGAGGUGCUCCCGGGCCUGUGAACUCCUGACUUGACCUGGGUUAGUCCCACCUUCCCCCAGAGGAGGGACACUGGUGCCUUCGGCUAGAGUUUGGGGAAGUGUUGGGCCUCUCGGGGACUGGUCUAUGUCCAGUAUGGAGCCGGCCUCAGGGAAGAACUGGGGUCCUUUGGGCCACAGGGGUCCGUGGUGAGUGUGCUAAGAGACUGGAGAAAGGUCCAAGGAAAGGGAGGAACAGGUGAGGUGCAGAGCCACUGAGGGGGCUUCCUGGAGGAGACUGGCCUAGAAGGAUGGGUAGGACCUGGGCAUUCCAGGAGUGGCCUGGGCAGAGGUGGCCGUGCGGUGAGAGGCAUGUCCAGUGUGAUGGGAGCAGAGGCUGGCCACCUGGGCCCCGGGCGCCCUUUCCUGCACUGUGGGGAGCCACGGAGGCAUUAGAGGGAGGCAGUGGCCAGAGCAGAGCUGCGCUUUCCAACAGUAUCUGGGGGUGGCAGUCAGCAGGGGGAGCUGCUCCUUGGCCUGUGUCACCCCAGGGCUUACCUCCCACCCGCCACUGCUUUGUUCUUUGAAGCAGAUUCUAAUCCUGCUGGCCCUUGGGCAAGUCUUUUUACCAGUUGGCCCUUGGGCAAGUCUUUUUACCCGAGACCCUCCAUGGUCUCUCCUGUGAAAUGGAGAGCGAUAACAACCACUCCACCUGUGGGUGGUGGUGAGGGUCCGGGCUGGCUCUAGCUUCCAGUAGGCACGUGCUGAAUGUUUGGUGAAUCAGAAUCCCUGCAGUUUCUCUAUUUCCUGAUGAGUAAACAGGUCGGGCUGAGGACCCUCUAGCUUCUGUUUCCUGAGCCACAGAGAACACAAGGCCGGCCCCUCACCCCUGCUCCCUCCCCGCCCAGCCUCUGGAGCACAUGCAGGCUUCCUGUCCCUCCAUCCGGCAGACAUGCCUGGCGUGCUGAAGGCCUGGCUUGGCUGGAUGUAGGAGGGGCUCUAUGUGUGUGUGUACAAGCGUGUACACGGGUGUUCUGAGUGGCACGUGGAGCAGAGAAGUCUAGGCUGCUGGCGGAGCUGGGUUAGAGGGCAUCCCUGUAUGGGGAGGGAAGGGAAGUCUUUGGACUCAGGAUCACACUGCUGAGUGGGAAGGACUAAGUGAUCCUGUCUCCAUGGCAAAGAGAGGUUAGGAAAGGGCACAGAGAACAGACACAGAGACAGGGGAGAUCCUGAAAGACAAGAGAGCUACAGGGCGAGGCAACCUUGGCACCAAGCUAAGACACAGGGCUCGAUUUGUGGAUCAUGGCUGGAGUUCAGCCUACACCCCAUACCUGAAGGUGGCUCCCCUAGUGCAGUGAACAUACUGCACAACUGUACGUGGUAGCCUUGAUAUAGAAAAGGAAGGAGAGAGGCAGAAGAGACCAAGAAACUGAUGGAGGAAGAAAAAAAAGACAGAAAGCAGACAGUUUCUGAUGAAGAGCAAGACAAAAGGCAAAAAGAAAGAGGCAGAGAGCCUAGAACUUGGAGGAUUCUGUUUUUGCAUUGACACAUGUCCACUGAGCAGCCUCUGGUCUGAGGCUCAGUUCCAGGAUGGUCAUUGGAACCAACAGUUCCAACCCCCACUGAACCCUGGGAGAUAUGGGGUGUUAUUCUCCCAUUUUACAGAUGAGGAAAUGGAGGCUCACAGGGCUCAAGUGACAUGCUGGAGGCCGUACAGCUUUUAAGUACUAGAAACUUUGGCCUCCAAGAUGGGAAGUGGGGGAGAGGGAGACAGAGAGGAGGCACCAGUGGAAACAAGCAAGAAGCUGGAGUUGGUGCUCAGGCUGAGGGCUGGGGGAAAGUAGAAUCCAGGCGUCCUGCCUCAUCAACCGCCUUUGGCUUGAAGGCAUACCUGGCGGGCAGCCCAUCGUUCUGGGGGAUCAGGUUCUCUGGGGAGCCUAGUCCCCUCCCCUCCUCACUUCCUUUCUCUCUGUCAGCAUCUAAGGCCCUAUUCCCAUUCCCGGAUCAUCCUGGGGGUUCUUCAGGAAAAAAAAAGAAAGAAACAGCUUUUCCUGGAAUUAAUACUCAAAGAGUAUGACAGUGCCAAGGGGAGUGGAGAAGGGGUGUGAUAGGUGCAGGAGGAGUGAGGCUGAGGAUGCCAUCGUGGAGACUGCAAUGGUUCAUUGAGCUUCUUAUGUAGCUCUCUAGACACUUAUCUGUAUCAACUCAUUUAUUACUCCGCAGAACAGUCCUACAAAGGGAAGUACCAUUGUCCUCUCCAUUUUAGAGAUGAGGGAACUGAGAGAUGGGAUUCGAACCCAGGUUUGAAUGGGGAGGUGGGAGGGGAUGCAGAGCUCAGAGGGUAUCCUUUGCGAUACCGCCUCCCAGAGAAGAGCAGCUGGAAGGGAGCUGGUGGGGAAGUUCCUCUUGCUGUCUCACUUCCAUCAGCCCCACUCUUGUUCUCUGCCUUCUAUAGACAUGGAUCAUCUCCUGUCCACUAGGAACUCUACUCCCCUCUCAGAGGCCCCAGACUCAUCCCCCUCCUCCUAGCAGGUUUAGGAUUGGAGUACAGUGAGGGUAGAGGUUCUCCCCACCAGAGGAAUCAGGCUGAACAGAAGAGCAGGGGAGGCGAGCUGGGUUGGGCCCUGUGUGGGCUUGGAGGCCGAGAGGGCAGGGAUACUGGGGGCUCGCGCAGGCGGGACUGGGGACUGCGGGGGGGGGGGGGGGGGGGGGGCCUGGCCAGGCGCCCAGCUGCUUUGCAUCUCGAGGUGAAGGAGAGAGAAGUGUCAGCUCAUUCUUGACUGUAAACACAUCCCGGUUCCCACGCCUGUGAUCGCGUUCUUGUGGCAGCCCCCAGCCUGAUCCCCUUCUCCUGUCCAGCCCCCCGCCAGGCUCCCCCUCGCCAUAACCAAGGCUGUUAAAAAGAGAUGUAAAGCCCCUGGGAUUCCCGCCUGGGCUCGGGAGAGCCUGGAGCCGCAGGGAUGGAUCUGCCAGUCUGGGUUUGGAUCCCAGCUCUGAUAUUACCGGCUGUGUGGCCCUGGGCAGGGAACUUACGCUCUCCUUGCCUGUUUCCUCAUCAGUAAAAUGAAUAAUCAUACCUACCACAGUGGGCUGACAUAAGCUUUACACGAAAUGAUCCACAGAAAUUGCUCAGCGCUCUGCCCGUGCCGACGCAGUGAACAACAUAUGGGGUCGCACUAGUUUUCCAAUUGUGAGGGAAGGUGUGUGGGUCCCUCAAUCCAGAGGUGCCACUGGAGGAAGGGGGCUGAGUAGGGGAAAGGCAGAGGUCAUCUGUAUAGGAAGAGGGAGAAGGGAGCCUACAGUGGGGGCCCCUGGGGUCAGAUGGGGGGCCACUAGUUGUCUGAUUUAAACCCCUUGAAGGGGCACGUGUGAUCACAAUAGCCCCCGUUCUGCUGGGACUGGAGGUGCUGGGGAAGGGUGGGCCGGGGUCUCAGGUUCCCUAGCCCCUCAGGGACAAAGGCUCAGAUGGGAACAAGCCUAGGCAGCCAGGCUGGAGCUCUGGGCUCCUGGUCUGGCCUGUGUUCCCUCCUCGGGGUCUGGGGCUGGUGAGGCCAAACCCUGCCCCUCUCUGCCAGGAUCCCCAUCUCAUCUCUCCCCUCCCUGCGGACCAGCCACUGAUCUCACCGACCCCAUCCUGGCUUCCAGCCCCUUCCACUGACCAGCUGAGACCUUCUCUGCUCUCCAGUCCUACCCUGAAGCCCUUGGGAAAAGAGAAUCUCCCCACCCCUCUAGUUAUUAGAGUCAACCCCCUGGGAUUAGGGUCAGGCCCUCCGCAUGCUCCCCUGCCCAUCUCGAGGUCCCCCUCAAAGUCCCCCGGGGGGAACCAUUUCCUCCAGAAGUUGGUUAAGAGGAGGUGGCUGGUGGGAGGGGGCUGCUGUAGGUGAGAGGAAGGACAGCCCCUCCCCUUUGCGCCUCAUCAGGGCCUUCCUGCUGCAGGUCUUGUCCAUGUCACCGAAGCCUCGAGCUCCGGGGACAGAUCCAGGCCCAGGUAAGUCUGGGGGUCCCUGCGUGGCUGGAGAUGAGGCUCGCCCAGGGACAAGGGUGAGGACCCUGUAUCCAGACAGAUGGAGCUCCAAUUGGAGGACAGGACCCGCAUGCCAGGGGCACAGCGGGGGCUGCAGGAAGAGGGGAGUGUGGACCAGACUGAGGGAUGAAGAGGGGGAGAUACGUGGGGGGCUUGGGGUCCUGUCCAUGGGCUUGCUGCCAUGCACACUCGAGGGAGAAGUGGGGAGAAGGUCAGCUGGGAUCAGACAGGGUGAGCCUGGGAAGGUGACCAGAGCAGGGCUGGGGUGAAGGGCAGAGUCUGGGGAUGUUGGGAGAGGGAGCCAACUGUUGGGGGGGGAGCUGGGGGUUGUGUGGGUGGAAGGGCCAGACUAUGAAGGGCUGAAGGGCACUCCUGACUGUGGCCUGGCUCCCUGAGGCCAGGCUGCAUCCCUCCCCCACAACUCCCCACCCUCCCCCACAUCCUACCUUCCAAGUUCAGGGUGGUGGGAGGACAGAGCCACCCCAUGCUCCGCCCAUGAUCAUGCUGCCUGCUGCCCUCCCCACAUACACACAUUCUAGCCAGGCUCUGUUUCCUGUUUUCAGGCUGCAUAUCAUGAGCACCGGGAUCCCCCAGGACACUCUCUGGGCUCCUCAGGCCCUGGGGCCCAAGGGCCCUGUCGCCCUGCCCCUGGCUCACCUGAGUUUCUCAGGCCCCAGGAUGCCAUAGAGGCCUGGUGAGUUACCUGGGGACUGAGGAUGGAUGGGAGGGACACAAAAAAGACUACAGGUGGAGAUCUGCCCUGGUGGAGCUGUGAUGGGGCCACUAACCAGAGUCAUGGGCAGGCCUUGCUGCUUUGCAAGACAGGAGUGGGGUGGUGGGUAGAAAUUUGCAGUGGGUGGGAGGGAGCAGAGGAGAGGUGGGCCAGCCCAGCCGCUGAGAGAGUGGGGAGCAGGCUGGAGGGUUUACUGGUUGGGCAGAACGCAGCAGUGGGGUUCGGUUAGGUUAGGAAGCUUCCCUCUGAGCGCUGCCCUGAUGGGAGGUGAGAGCGGCCCGCUGGGACCCUGGGAGUGUGUGGGUGGAAGGCCUGGGGUGGGGCCUGGAGGCAGGCAUUCCAGAGAUACUCAGGGGGCUAAGGGGCCAGCUACCACGGCCUUUCUCUCUUCUCGGGAAAAUUAUAAGCAGAUGUGGACGCCUCAGGGCGGCGUAGAGGAGGGAGCCCAGCCGGGGCAAGUUAACAGAGAAUCUGAAACUGGCGGGGUGGGGGGCGGCGGGUGCUCAAGGGCCUCUGCUGCUCCUGAGCUCAGGAGCCAGAAAGAGACUCCUCUGAGGUCCUGACCUGCUUCCCACCCACUGGGCGAGGCCAGGGGUGGAGGAGGGGGGAGGAGCCCAUUUCCAGAUGGCUGGUGGGUGGUCACAGGGAGGCGGCGGCUUCUCCUGAAGUCUGAGGCCAGGCUGGGGACUCCCUGGGUGAUAGCACCUAGAGCUGGGUGCAGACAUAUGCUGGCAAGGCCUUAGCAACCGGCUUCGGUGGGAUGGCCCUGAUUUGUGAUGUUUGCUGAUUUCCACCCCCGUGCUUGGUUUCAAGCUACUACUGUGACAGCACUGAACAAGGAGUUGGGAAGAGAAGUCAUGACUGGCUCUCAGAAGUCAGUAUGGGCCGUGCCAGCGCACCAGUGGUGGGGAGGGUUCUCCUUCAAGGUCAUCUGGACCUAGCCCUACUCCCACCCCAUAAAGCAGGAAGCCCCUAACAGCAUCACGGUGGUUUUGGCCUCUGCCUGCCUAUAUCCAGUGAUGGGGAGCUCACCACCUGAGGUUGCUGAUUCCAUCACAGAACUGCUUUGACCUUGGAAAGUUCUUCCUCUAACUGAGCCCAAGUUGGCUUCCCUUAUAACUUCCCUUCAUCGGCUCCAAUUUCACACCUUGGUAUAAUAUCAAAGUGCCCUGGGUAGGGGCUGUGCUGGGGAUUGGGAAUUCAGGCACAGGUCCCUGCCUCUAGAGGUCAUGAUCAGGGAACAGGCACUAGAACAGUGGUGUGUGGGUGAAUGGUGCUGGGGGUACCGGAAGGGAUGGGUGGGGGCAGUCUGCCACUGUGGAUCGGGAAGCAGGGCAGGGAAAGAGGGGUGACACUUGGGCUAGACCUUGAAAGGGAGUGCUUAAAGUGAAGAAUGGGGGGGAGGACGUCCAGACAGAGGAAACCGUGUGAGAAAGUCUCAGAGGCAUGGCCGUGCUCUACCUGGUCAGGAAUCAGACCUGGAGCCUGGGAAACCUGGGCCAGAGGACCAGAGCCUCAUCUCUUCUGCCACCCCUGGUCUCUGCAGCGACUUGGCCUCCAGGUUUGUGGCUGCAGUGCCCCUCACCUGCUCCACACCUGGCCCUGUCACAGGCCUCAGCAAUGUCAUCACCUCUGCGGGCCCUCUUUCUCCUGGCCCUGGGCCUGGGGCUGGCUGGAACCCUCAACCCCAAGGACCCCAACACCUGCAGCUUCUGGGAAAGCUUCACCACCACAACCAAGGAGUCACACUCCCGCCCCUUCAGCCUGCUCCCCUCGGAGCCCUGUGACCGGCCCUGGGAGAGCCCGCACACCUGCCCCCGGCCCACGGUUGUCUACCGGACCGUGUACCGCCAGGUGGUGAAGACGGAGCACCGAAUGCGCCUGCAGUGCUGCCGGGGCUUCUAUGAGAGCAGCGGGGCCUGUGUCCCGCUCUGUGCUCGAGAGUGUGUUCAUGGCCGCUGCGUGGCACCCAAUCAGUGCCAGUGUGUGCAAGACUGGCGGGGCGACGACUGCUCCAGUGCUUGUGCCCUGGGAGUUUGGGGGCCACAGUGUGACAAGCCCUGCAACUGCGGCAACAGCAGCUCCUGUGACCCCAAGAGUGGGGCAUGUUCCUGUCCCUCUGGGCUGCAGCCUCCACACUGCUUUCGGCCCUGCUCCCCUGGCCGCUAUGGCCCUGCCUGCCAGUUCAGCUGCCAGUGCCAUGGGGCACCCUGUGACCCACAGACCGGAGCCUGCCUCUGCCCCCCAGAGAGAACUGGGCCCAGCUGCGAGGUGUCCUGUUCACAGGACAGUGUUGGCUUCUUCUGCCCCAGCACCCCUCCUUGCCAAAAUGGGGGUGUCUUCCAGGCCUCUCGGGGCUCCUGCAGCUGCCCACCUGGCUGGAUGGGCACCAUCUGUUCCCUGCCCUGCCCCGAGGGCUCCUAUGGACCCAACUGCUCCCAGGAAUGUCGCUGUCACAACGGCGGCCUCUGCGACCGGUUCACCGGGCAGUGUCGCUGCGCUCCGGGAUACACAGGGGACCGGUGCCGUGAGGAGUGCCCCGUGGGCCGCUUCGGGCAGGACUGUGCUGAGACUUGCGACUGCGCCACGGGCGCCCGCUGCUUCCCGGCCAACGGCGCGUGUCUGUGCGAACACGGCUUCACUGGGGACCGCUGCGCCGAACGUCUCUGCCCCGACGGCCUCUACGGCCUCAGCUGCCAGAUGCCCUGCACCUGCGACCCGGAACACAGUCUCAACUGCCACCCGAUGAGCGGGGAGUGCUCUUGCCUGCCGGGCUGGGCGGGCCUCCACUGCAACGAGAGCUGCCCGCAGGACACGCACGGGCCCGGCUGCCAGGAGCACUGCCUCUGCCUGCACGGCGGCGUCUGCCAGCCCGACAGCGGCCUCUGCCGGUGCGCGCCCGGCUACACGGGCCCGCACUGCGCUAGCCUCUGUCCCCCUGACACCUAUGGAGUCAACUGCUCCGCACGCUGCUCCUGCGAAAACGCCAUCGCCUGCUCGCCCAUCGACGGCACCUGCGUCUGCAAGGAAGGUUGGCAGCAUGGUAACUGCUCCGUGCCCUGCCCGCCUGGAACCUGGGGCUUUGGUUGCAAUGCCAGCUGCCAGUGUGCCCACGAGGCAGCCUGCAGCCCCCAAACUGGAGCCUGUACCUGUACCCCUGGGUGGCACGGGACCCACUGCCAGUUCCCCUGCCUGAAGGGGAUGUUUGGUGAAGGCUGUGCCAGCCGCUGUGACUGUGACCAUUCUGAUGGCUGUGACCCUGUUCACGGACACUGCCAGUGCCAAGCUGGCUGGACAGGUACCCGCUGCCACCUGCCCUGCCCUGAGGGCUUCUGGGGAACCAACUGUAGCAACACCUGCACCUGCAAGAAUGGGGGCACCUGCAUCCCUGAGAAUGGCAAUUGUGUGUGUCCACCUGGAUUCCGAGGCCCCUCCUGCCAGAGAUCCUGUCAGCCCGGCCGCUACGGCAAACGCUGUGUGCCCUGCAAGUGUGCUAACCACUCCUCCUGCCACCCUUCGAAUGGGACCUGCUACUGCAUGGCUGGCUGGACAGGCCCUGACUGCUCCCAACCGUGCCCUCUAGGACACUGGGGGGCCAACUGUGCCCAGCUCUGCCAGUGUCGCCAUGGCGGGACCUGCCACCCCCAGCAUGGGAGUUGUUUCUGCCCCCCAGGCCGGACCGGACAUCUCUGCUUGGAAGGCUGCUCUCCAGGGGUGUUCGGUGCCAAUUGUUCCCAACCAUGCCAGUGCGGUCCCGGAGAGAGGUGCCACCCAGAGACUGGGGCCUGUGUGUGUCCCCCAGGGCACAGUGGCGCCCCCUGCAGGAUUGGAAGCCAGGAGCCAUUCACCAUGAUGCCUACCUCUCCAGUGGCCUAUAACUCACUCGGGGCAGUGAUUGGCAUUGCAGUGCUGGGAUCCCUGGUGGUGGCCCUGGUGGCGCUGUUCAUUGGCUACCGCCAUUGGCAAAAAGGCAAAGCGCACCAGCACCUGGCAGUGGCCUACAGCAGCGGGCGGCUGGACGGCUCUGAGUACGUCAUGCCAGAUGUCCCUCCGAGCUACAGUCACUACUACUCCAACCCCAGCUACCACACCCUGUCUCAGUGCUCACCUAACCCCCCGCCCCCUAACAAGGUCCCAGGCAGUCAGCUCUUUGCCAGCCUCCAGGCCCCCGAGCGGCCAGGUGGAGCCCACGGGCAUGAUAACAACCACGCCACACUACCUGCUGACUGGAAGCACCGCCGGCAGCCCCCUCCAGGGCCUCUGGACAGGGGUAACAGCCGCCUGGACCGAAGCUACAGCUGUAGCUACAGCAACAGGAAUGGCCCAGGCCCCUUCUACAGUAAAGGGCCCAUCUCUGAAGAGGGGCUGGGGGCCAGCGUGGCUUCCCUGAGCAGUGAGAACCCCUACGCCACCAUCCGGGACCUGCCCAGCCUUCUAGGGAGCCCCCGGGAGAGCAGCUACAUGGAGAUGAAAGGCCCUCCCUCAGGGUCUCCCCCCAGGCAGCCGCCCCAACUCCGGGACAGCCAGAGGCGGCGACACCCCCAGCCAGAGAGAGACAGUGGCACCUAUGAGCAGCCCAGCCCCCUGACCCAUGACCGAGACUCUGUGGGUUCCCAGCCGUCUCUGCCUCCGGGCCUGCCUCCUGGCCACUAUGACUCACCCAAGAACAGCCACAUACCUGGACACUAUGACUUGCCUCCAGUACGGCAUCCCCCGUCACCCCCACUUCGGCGCCAGGACCGUUGAGGAGCCAAGAUGGUGUGCAGAGGUCAGCACACCGGUUCUUUGCUGCUCAAGGCUGAGGACAGAGCCUGCUGUACCCUGCCAGGAGCAGGGAGAGGACUGGCCGGCCGUGAACAUGAACAUGUUUAAUAGAGGAAGUGAAUGGAGAGGAGAUGGGAGCCUGGCUCCCAGGUUCUACCAUGGGAAACACUGGUCAGCAGGAAACCUGUGUUCCUUUUCCCCAACCCAUUGCUCCCCAAGGCCCCCAGGGCCCUGUAUACAUAAACUGGUGGGUUGAAUGUUGCUGGAUAACUCUGAUUUCAGAUUGCUGUAAGAAGUGUAUAUUGGGUAACUUUUCUGUGCACUCCCGGGCUAGGCUCUGUGUGUGCGUGCAUGCAUGUUUUCAGAGGCGUACCAGGCACUGAUCCUGUCUUGGGGCACUCACUAUAUAGUGGAGAGGCAGCCCAAACCCAGUUAACUCUAGAAAUAGCGUGACUGGCCUCCCUGCAUUCAUUUGGUACUCCCGCCAACCAACUGCUUCAAAAUACAAGCUGGUUAGGUUACCCCUGCCUGAAAGUCUCCGUGGGUGCCCCAUGGCCCUUGGGCUACAGUCAAAAUUGUCCAAAGCCUUAAAGGCUUUGCCGGCCUGGCCUGCCUGUCUCUUCAGCCUCACUCUGAACUGUGUUCCCUAUCACUCUGCCCCAGUCACACUGGCCUCUACGUCCUCCUAUCAGCCACACGUCUUCCUACUACAGGGACCUGGCACAUCUGGAAUGCUCUUCCUCCCCCACUCACCUGUUAACUCCUGCUUGUCCCUCACACCCCAUGUUCUCUUUCACAGCACUGAUUACUGAUGUGUUCAUGCACCAGUUACCUGUAGAAGGCCUACAGGGUGCCAGGCACCUCUGUAAUGUGUUGCUUUUUAGUGUGAUUAUUUGAUUAAUCUCUGCCUCCCCCACCAGACUCUUAAGUUCCCCGAAAGCAGGAAUCCUGUGUUUAUGUUCAACACUGGCUCCCCUUGGCACAUGGUAGGCACUCAAUAAAUGUUCCCCCAAAG